AUGUUUAAAAUGGAAAUAGUAAAUGAGGGAUGGGUUUUUAAACAAUCUAAAUAUUUAAAAAGGUUAAGAAAGAGAUACAUUAUAUUAACGAAAAAUUUCAUUUGUUCUUUUAAGUCUGAAUAUUAUCAAGGGGAAAAACCAACCGAAAUAUUGUACUUAAACAAAUUUACGGAAUUAACAUCAAUGGAUGAUAUUAGAAAAAUAAAAUCAAUAUCGAGCGAGUUGGGCUUAGAAGACAUACAUUUAUUUAAUGUUUGCUAUAACAACAGAAAAAUUUUAUUUGCCACUAUGGAUAAGGACGAAAAAAACAAGUGGAUCCGACAUAUCAGCAAACAAAUGAUCAGGCCCACAGUGCUAGUGAACGAAUAG